AUGCUCCAACUGCUGCUGCCGACGUACGCGAUCCGAUCAUAUGAAUCACUACCAGAAGAACAAGUGCUUUGUUUUAUCAUCUUCAUAACUGCACAAAAUGAGUUCUAUGUUGCUGCCACCGGUUUUCGAUUCCAUCCAACCGACGAAGAGUUGAUCGAUUACUAUCUGAAGAGGAAAGUGAAUGGGCUUAAGAUCGAGCUUGAAGUUAUUCCAGUGAUUGAUUUAUGCAAGUUUGAUCCAUGGGAGCUACCAGAUAAAUCGUUUCUCCCUAGAAAAGACAUGGAAUGGUUCUUCUUUUAUCCACGCAACCGCAAAUACCCAAAUGGUUCCCGCACCAACAGAGCUACAGUUUCUGGGUACUGGAAGGCCACUGGGAAAGACAGAAAGAUAAGCUGCGAAUCUUGUGUGUUUGGGCUGAGGAAGACUCUUGUUUUCUAUCUGGGGCGAGCUCCCGGGGGAGAAAGAACUGACUGGAUCAUGCACGAGCACCGCCUUUGCGAAGAUCUUCCCAAUGGAACUACUAAUUUUGUGGGAGAUUUUGCCUUGUGCCGGGUGAUGAAGAGAAAUGGAAGAUGCAACUCUCCUGCCAUGUACUCCGACUUCAAACACAAAAGAAACUUGGAAGAGGUUUAUGAUUGCACGGAAGAGAGCUCAUCUCUUGAUCCUUUUCAGAGAAGCAGUGGAACAGUUUCUUGUCUCAAAUCGCCAAGCUUUUGUGAUCAGUUCCAGAGUCCACAAGCAGCAGGCCCAUCAUUUAAUCAGCUCGCAGUUCCAUCUCGAAUCGAUCACAUAGAUGGAGCUUUAUUUCCCGGUGACCAUGGCGCCAAAUAUUUGCCAUGUUUCACGAGUUGGGAAGACAUCACCUUUCAGAGCCUCAGAUUGGAUUCAGCAAACUAUCUGAGUGCAUCGUCCAGUGGAAUUGGUGCUGAAGCCUCCGAUGGAACGGUGACCCCGAUUUGUAGGCAAGCAAGUGGAGAAGAACCCAACUUAUGGUUCUCGGAAGAGAAUGUGAUGAUGGUGAUCUGAUGGAAAAACUGGAGAUGACAAAAUAUUUGUAUGAAGUAUAUAAUAAUAUUAACACCCAUAAGGUUGCAAUAGAAUCUCCAUAGACAACUUGUUGUAAUGCCUCUCAGAAGGAAUUGUGAGACUAUUGAGUAAAGGUGGAAUUACACUGAGCAUUAACUCUGUCUUGUUGAAGAAUGGUCUCUCGAUGUAGUUUUUCGUCUAUUAUUAG